AAGCAAGGAAAAGCGUGUGAAGCAGCCAUCCUGUCCUACCUUGCGUGAGGAAUGGAUGCUACUCAGAUGAUCAAUGACUCAAUCUUGGAGUCAGAUGAGGAAGAAAAUGAAGAGGAGAAUGAAAAUAAAAGGGGGCGACCAUUGGCUAAAUUGUGCAUCUUAAAAAAUGCACACUUCCCUGAGACAGAGUUUCCCCUCUUUCUGGGAGAUAAUGUGCUGGGCCGUGACCCCUGCACCUGCACCCUGCCCUUGCCAGCACCCUCAGUAUCCAAGCAGCAUGCUACCAUCUGCAUUUCUGUCUACCGGAGAAGGGGUUGUCACCGUGAAGUGGAUACAGAGGCUUUGGUUUGGGACCUUCAGAGCAUGAAUGGGACCCGAAAGGGCCGUAUAAAGCUGACACCUAAUGUACGCUAUGCCCUCAGUGAUGGUGACAGUUUGGUGGUGGCGGACAUCCCAUGUAAGUAUGUAAGCUGCGCUGUAGACACAGUCUCUUCUCAAGGGGACAUGAGGACUCCUGUGAGCAGAAAUACUAGUGUAAAGGCCAGGUUGCCAGAUGCCUCGGGGGAAAAGGGAGGUGACAAAAGCGCAGAGAGCAGGAAAUGUGUCAACGGAGGUGCGAAGGCUAGGGUGUCAUUAACGAAGACUCCUGUCAGAACCACUUGCCUGUCCUUUGAGCAAACUCCAACCCAGCCGCAGGGGACCCUGGUCCCAGAAUCUGACUCUGACUCAGAUGGAGAAAGAGGGGGAGGCAGAGACAGAAGGUGCAAGGGUCUAGUGUCCGAUUCUGACUCUCAGAAAUCUAGUCCCACUUGUUCAACAUUCUUGAGUCCCACGAACAAAGUCGUCCCUGAAAGUGAGGAUGAAAGUCCUAUUACACCAUCCUCUUCCACUAAAAAUAAACCUUACAGACAUGUCGGCUUCAGCAAGGAGGAGACAGAAGUAGAUGUGGGUGGACAGGUGCUGGAGGAGAAAAAGGCACUUGUGAUUGUGGACGAUAGUGAAGAGGAGGAAGAAAGAGCAGCACCUGAGAAAAGUGAACAACAUGUGCCAGUGAAACAUGAAAGCAACGUCAGUCUUAGGGGAGAAGAUGAAUUGCCCGUGCCUACACCAGCAGUCACCACAGAUGCAAUCCCUGCAUUUAACAUGGACAGUGACACUGAUUUGGAGGGAGAGGAGGAAGGCGUGGCGUCCGCUGCUCCUGUGACUUUGACCACAAACCCAGUCAGUCAGCCACCAAACACAGCCCAGUUUCACAUGGACAGUGAUACAGAUGUCGAUGAGGAUGAUGAUACCUUAGACACAGCCCCUGAGCCCCAGAGCCCUAAAACUGUGCCUUCUUCUGAUGACCAUACCAAACCUCCUCAUGUUGAUUCGGUUACUCAGCCUGAGGCAGUCACUGCAGACAGUGACACUGAUGUGGAUGACGAUGCUGCUGUGUCAGACGCUGCCACAAAAGCAAAACCCAUGUCAUGUCAGAGUGCACACACAGCUGACACGGCUCCUUUGAUGCAGCCGAAGGAUUUCCACCUAGACAGUGACACAGAUGUUGAUGAGGAAGAAGAAGGGGAAUGUGGAACAAAUAAACCAAGCUCUAAAAUAGAUGAAACUCCCACUAGAUUAGAUAUAAAGCCAGCUGGGCCUGAAUCUGCCCCUGCUGCUCAUCAUAGCCUACAUCUAGACAGUGACACAGAUGAUGAAGCUGUCCCUGCCCCUGCCCUCAGUGAACCCCUUGUAGUGUCUGCUGCCACAGAAUCAUGCACCACCGCAGAUGGAGGGGCUGACAAACUGUCUGACAGUGACACAGACGUGGAAGAUGAUUCUCCUCUAGUUAUACCUGUUACUGUCACAACCCUGUCAGUUUCUCCUGGUCCCAUGUCACAUUCUGAUGCAGACACAAAUGCGGACGGACCCAGUGUGCCCCCUGCUGGGGACGGGGUCAGUCCAGCUGACCUUAAAGUGGACAGUGAUACAGAUGUGGAGGAUGAGGAGGCAGGUACUGGAGAGGCAGGUGAGGGCCAGAUCCCUAACCUAUGCAGUGAAAAAACAUCUGGGUUGCUGGCUCCUCCUCUGCAGAACUGCUCUACUCCUGUACAGUUGUCAGAAGGAGAAGUGGAAGAUAUGGAAACUCAGGCUUUCCUGAGUCCGUCUUCAGUUCCAUUUAGACGUGCAGGACCUGUAGCACUGUCUUCCUUCUCAGACAGCCAGGAGGAUGAGGACUUUGUUGUGGCUGAAACGCAGUCCUUCGUUCUUCAGUCCCGAGAUUGCCAGAAUAACCCUCCGGAGGACCACACAAUGGACCCCACCCAAGCUUUUGGCCUUGAAACUUCUGGUGAAGAAAGAGAUGAACAAUCGAGCAGAGAAGGGUCUUUUCAGCUGGGAUUGUCUGACAGCAGCCACCUGCAGUGUCAGGCCCAAGCUCUGGCUAUGGAGAGCACGCAGGCGUAUGUCUCUGUGAAAGGGAGAACGAAUCUGGAAGGUACCCAAGCAUUUGCAGCCAUAUCAAGCGCAGACAGAAACUCUGAAGAGAAUGACCCAAAUCUGGAAGCUACACAGGCCUGUGGAGAGGAUGUGGAGCCUGAAGAUGGUCUGGUAGAUUUGGCACUAGAAGCAACGCAGGCAUAUAUUUCAGAGCCAUACAGUGAUUCAGAGAACGAAAGAGGUGAAGACAAGAGAAAAAACGCUACCUCUACUGCUGAGACUCAGCCUUUAAGCUUUCCUACCUCAUGUACUCUUGCCAUGGCUGAAACCCAACCAAUGUCUGCCUUUAGGCAAGAGGAGACUUUGGUAACAGACAAGCCUUUUACCUCUGUACAGCAAGUUAAGCUCGUAACACAGAACGAAACAGAAGAGAGGGAAGACCACGGGGAGACAGCUCAAGCUCGGCAGAGACCCUCUGGUGAAGUUCUGUCUGUUGCUGAUACCCAGCCCAUUCGUACAUGUGAUGAUGAGGAAAGCAAUGAUGAAGAAUCUAUUCUGGGUCCACAAAAAAGAAAAGCAAAGCCACUGCAGCUUGAGGAGGAGCAGACACAGCCCCUCAUUAGUUCAGAGGUAUCAGGUGCUGAAACCCAGCCCAUGCACUUUGGUUGUGCUGAAACCCAGCCCAUAGCUACAAGUGAAAAUGAGGAAAGUGAUGAUGAGGACUCGAUGGCAGGCCCACGAAAAAGAAAAGCAAAGCAACUGCGACUCGACGAAGAGCAGACACAAACACUCACAAACUCUGAGCUCUCUGUUGUUCAAACUCAGCCAGUGGAUACAGGUGAAGAUGGAGAGAGUGAUGAAGAAGACUCAAUUCCCGUUUUUCGAAAAAGAAAAGCAAAGGCACUGCCACUUGAGGAGACACAGCCGCUCACAGAGUCUGAGGUCUCUACUGUUGAAACCCAGCCCGUGGAAACACACAGUGGUGAGCAACCUGAGAGACGAAGGGGGGGACAAUCUGAAUCUGAAACCAGUGGAGUCAGUGGUAGAAAUAAAAGAGGGACAAGGGCAAGAUUAAGAGAGGAGGAAGAGCAGGCAGAGUAUUCUGAACCUCAAAAGAGACAGACAAGAGAGAAGAAGAAAGCUUCCAGAGGAAUCAGAGGGAAAUUCAGGCCUGAUGACAAUGAGAGUGAGGAAGAGGAGGAAGUAAAUCAGGCUAGAAGGGCUAGAGAGAAAAAAUCCCUGAGGCAGCAGAAAGACGAUGAGGAAGAGCACGAAAAGCAUGAACGUGAAGGAAAUGAGGAUGCCGAAAACGGCAGCCUAAAAAUCAAAAAACAAGAAGGGGGAUCGAGAGAGGAGACAGAUGCUGCAGACCUCAGAAAUCAAGAGAGAGAAACAAUGGAGAAGGAAAAGAGGGUGAUUGAUGAAAGGGAACAAAAGGAGAUAGAGAGACAGCAUAGAAGGGAAGAACAAGAAAAAAUAGACAGGGAAAGAAAAGAGAUGGAAGAACAAGAAAGAUUGCAGGCUGAUAGAGCAGAGAUGAUAAGACUUGAACAGCAGAGAGCAGAGAAAGAGAAAAAUGAACAAGAAAAAGUAAGAUAUGAUUUGAUACAGAAAGAAAAGGAAGAACAGUUGGAGAGGGAAAGAAAGGCGAAUGAAGAAAAGGAGAGAUUGGAGCAUGAAAAGGCAGAAAGAGAAGAGAAAGAGAAAUUGGAGAGAGAAGAGACAGAGAGGAUAGAAAAGGAAAGAAAGGAACAGGAAGAAAAAGAAAGAUUGGAAACAGAAAAGAGGGAACUAGAAGAGAGACUUGAGAGGGAGAGGAAGGAACAAGAACACCAAGCAAGACUGCAGAGGGAAGCAAAGGAAAGGGAAGAAAGAGAAAGACUGGAGAAAGAAAAAGAAAUAAAAGAGCAACAAGAAAACAAGGAAGAACUGAACAAGCUCACAAGAGGUAGAAGAGCAACCAGAAGAACAAUGGCUGCCCUGUGUACAACAGAGUCAGAACAAAACUCAACCAUAUCAACCAACAAUGAUGAUGUCCCAGCAAGGAGAACUAGAUCUCGCUCCAAUUCUUCCAACUCGGUCAGCUCCGAGAGAUCAGCUUCAAGUCUCAAUACCCAGGAGAGCAGGGGCAGAGGCCGAGGCAGAGGAGCAAAGAGGACCAGUGAACCACCCCAGGCCAGCAUUGCCAGAAGCAGCAAUAGGAGGACGACUGUGGCCGCAGAGACAACAGAGUGGGACAGUAAUGAUAUUUCUCCUCAGGGAGUCCUUUCAAGGUCAAACUCCUCCAGUUCUCUCCAUUCUGAGAUUUCUAGCUGCAGUGUGAGCUCUCAAAACAGAGGAAGAGGAAGCAGGCAGCGAGGAAGACUGAGGAAAACAGAGCCUGGGCCAAACUCCAUCCCUCCUGUCAGUAGCCAGAGUGACCAGAAUUCAGAUCCCAAACCUGCAGCCAGAGGCAGGAAGAGCAGGAGAACAGAGGGAUCCUCUAAUGUGGUUCUUCAGGAAGAUAAUGAAGAGAAGACAGACCCUAAGCAGGCUAGUACCACAAGGGGGAGGCGGGGAGCCAACACAAAUGACUCCAAACCUACUGCUGCAGAUGAGGAAGGCCAGUCAGUUCAGGAGGAAGGUUGUGCCCGAGAGGAAUCACUUCUGCCUAAAAGGAAUGUCAGGGGCAGAGGCCAAAAAGCAGCAAAGAGUGAAACCAUUGAGGCACCAGUACCUCCUGCAGUUAGUGAUGGACGUGAGGCUAAAGACAAAAGAAAAGGAAGGAAAAGAGAGCUGGAGGCAAAUACAGAGGAGGAUUCCUCUAGUAGCUCCAAAAUUUCAAAAGGGAAAGAGACAGUCCAAACAACAGAGGCAACAGAAGAAGAAGGGAAAGGUGAGGCAAAAGAUGAGAAUCCUGUCCAAGCUAAAAGGAGAAGUAGGGCAUCCACCACUGAUGCCAAGAGGAAUUCAAAAGAAUCUCCUCUUCAAGUGGAGAUAAAAGAAGAGAGUGAGAAAAUGGAGAAGGACAUUGUUGAGAAGAGAGCAAGAGGUCGCUCAUCGGCGGUACAGAAAAAUAUGAAAGUGGCACAGGAAGAAAGUGGAACAUCUGUCACUUCCAUGAAACAGGAUGCAAAAGUGGAGGCAUCAGAGACUCGAACCAGCAGUGUAUCCCGGAAGCGACAGGCUCCUGUGGGCUCCUCUCCUGUGGCAAAGACCCCUCGCUCCUCCCCUGCUUCCCCUGCGGCUAGUGGUCGACUACGAGCUGUGAGCCAGGCCUACAAGGUGCUGUUCACAGGCGUGGUGGAUGAGGCCGGAGAGAGAGUGUUGGCUCGUUUAGGAGGCAGCAUGGCUAAAGGUGUGGCAGACAUGAACUGCCUGGUGACUGAUAAAGUGCGCAGGACUGUCAAGUUCCUGUGUGCGGUGGCCAAAGGAGUCCCCAUUGUCACCACACACUGGCUGGAAAAGAGUGGUAAAGCUGGGAGCUUCCUGUCUCCUAAUGCUUUCAUUGUGAAGGAUCUGGAGCAGGAGAAGAAGUUCAGUUUCAGCCUGCAGGAGUCUCUGAGGAUUGCCAGCAAUCAGCCUCUCUUACAGGGAUAUGAGAUCCACGUCACAAAAUCAGUGAAGCCGGAGCCAGUUCAAAUGAAAGACAUAAUCUCCUGCAGUGGAGCUACCUUUCUACCUAAGAUGCCCUCUUCCCACAAGCCUCAGACUGUAGUGAUUUCCUGUGAGGAGGACCGGUCGCUGUGUGGCCCGGCUGUGUCUGCUUCCCUCCCAGUCGUCACUGCUGAGUUCAUUCUCACAGGAAUCCUUCAGCAGAAAGUUGACUUUCAAACCCACACACUCUCUGCCACUGUAACUAACCAACAACCUGUAGGAGGCAGAGGAAGGGGCAGAAAGAAGUCAUAGCGGUGGAAGGGUGUACUGUAAAUAUACACACAAUGAUGCACCUACAUAUGUGCGGGAAAUCUUUUCUAGCAUGUAUGCAUUUAUCGAUUGUAGAUACCCUUUCAAAUCAGAGACUGACAGAAGCACUAGUGAGUCAGCUGUUUGUAUGACAGACCUGAAGAAUGUAUAAGGCAAAUACAGCAAAACGUGAAUGAGAACUUGAAUGAUCAUGUAAGUGUAAAGACAUUUUGUACGUACAUUGUCAGUCCUGGAAUCAUGCGUGUUAUUUUACUGUUAGCAGGCAAAUGUGGAAAGAAAAUACUUGUUUAAAUAUAAAACUUUCUCUUUUGCAAGAGAACCAAAAUUUAGGAAGCGUUCCAAAGGGGACAGGUGUCUCUCAUUUUUAUGUUUCAAAACUCUACUCUCAGUUUAGGACUUACUGACUUUUCUUAUUUUCUUACCUUUUGCCUGGUACAUGUGGAAAAAUGUUUGACUUUUAAAUUACAAAGUGACGUUGCUGCUACGCAGGGUGUUAAAUAAUUACCCAUUGACUGUCCUUGUCACUCUCCCCUCUCCUCCUCCUGUGUGCUCCACCCCUCCCUUUAUACAACAACAACAAUCAGAGCAGGAAUUAACACGGCUAAAUUGCUGCUUCUCUGCGUUUCCUAAGUGCUUAAAUUCAGUCAGCCUUUUUGGCAGGUAACCAACCAUAAAGAAGGAGUUGUAUAAAUCAUGUUUGGACGGUGGAACCUUGGAACCCAUGGGGUGUGUCUAGAAAUCCAUCAGCUACGGUGGCCAGUAGAUGAAAAAAAGCUUGUUUCCUUUCCUUAUAAGAAGUGCAUAGUGCCUUUCAUACCAAUGGAAUCAUGAACCUGCCAGUGUAUCUGUUGUUCCUGUCUCCAUUAACCACCACCACCACCUACUCCAUUAAGGCACCUUAAUGCUGAUGCGGCUUCUCCAUCAAUAUCUUAUGAUGUUUGUCCUUGCCAUGCAUUUAUCUACUGUCUCCUCACUUUUUAAAAUCCAGCCUUGAGGGUGUGUUGUUAUUGUACAGAAAAAAAGAAAAAAAAAAAACAUAGAGAACAGAACUAACAUUUAAUUUUUUUUUUCAUGCUCUGUCAUUGGUGUUUUAAAGACUCAUUAGCUUGUCAUUUUUAGAACUGUUAACUAGCUAAUAUCUUAACACCAAGUUUGUAUUUUCACAAAAUCAUGGAAUCAGUCCGUUCUGUCAAUGAAAACAUUAAAUAUUUUC